AUGGCGACCCUAACGCCUCUAACACCAACCCAACUCUCCGCCGCCGCAGCAUCCGUCCUGAACCUCCAAAGCACAGCCCAAGACCUCCACUCCAAACGCCCCUUCUCCGCCCUCCUCCUAGCACCAGAUAACCAAACCGUCCUUAUGACUUCCCUCUCUUUAUCCCACGUCCGACACGCAGAGUGUGAACUCGCCCGCAAUGCAGCAGAUAACUAUGCCUGGGAGUAUCUAGCCGGCUGCACAAUGGUAUCCACCUGGGAGCCGUGCGCGAUGUGCGCCGGCACGAUCUACUGGGCGCAUAUUGGGCGGCUGGUCUACCUUGCUUCAGAGAAGGCGCUGCAAGAUGUUAUUGGAGAUGGAAACGAGGAGAAUCUUACGCUGGAUUUACCUUGUCGGGAGGUUUUUGAGAGGGGGCAGAGUCGGGUUGAGGUUGUGGGACCUGUUGUGGAGGGGGGUUGGGAGGAGAAGGUUGUUGUGGAUAGUCGGCGGUAUUGGGAUCGAGUGAGGGGGAUUAUGUAG